GUCAGAUUAUUGGAAUUGGAAAAUUCUUGGCAAAUAGAAUGAAAUAUUUGUCUUUUGAAAAUGAAGCACAUAUAAUAUUGAAAUAAAUACUACAGUAAUAUAUAUUUAUAACAUAAACCAAACGGCAAUGUUAAUGAAUAUAUUCUUUCUAGUGUACUUGUGAAGUACCGGUGUCAUCAUGAAUAACAUAAUAUCGUGGACAGCUGAAGAUGAGGCCAUUAUUGCUACAAACACUGAUGCCACCGAGUGCAAACGGUGCGCAGUUGAGUUGGGAUACUGGAAGGACGAAUAUAUUUCGUAUUUCGUCAAACAUGUUGAUCGAAAAGCUCCUGAAAUAAAUCGCGGCUACUAUGCCAGAGUUAAAGCUAUGGAGAUGUUUAUACAUCAGUUCUUAGAGCGCUGUGGCACCCAGUGUCAAAUUAUUAAUCUUGGCUGUGGGUUUGACACUCUUUACUGGCGACUUAAAGACACUACUCAGGCAGUCAGUAACUUUAUAGAAUUGGAUUUUCCAUCUGUUACUAGUAAAAAAUGCCACAUAAUUAAACGCAACAAGCAGCUCCUUGAGAAGAUAUGCAAAGAGGAUGGUGAGGUGAUCAUUAGGUCUGGUGACUUGCAUUCGGAUGGAUAUCAUCUCCUGGGUUGCGACUUACGUUGCCUAAAGGAGGUGCGACGCAAGUUAGAAGCAGGUGGAGCUACGGGUGAUGCACCAACCCUGCUGCUGGCCGAAUGCGUAUUGGUGUACUUGCGCCCAGAUGCGGCAUUGGCGCUGCUACAGCAUCUCGCCUCUAGCUUCCCGCGUUGCGUUCUGCUUGUAUAUGAGCAGUGCAAUUUGGGUGACAAAUUCGGUGAGGUGAUGGUCCGCAAUCUAAGUGCGCGAGGUUGUGCACUAGCUGGUGAGAGACAUUGCCGCGAACCGGCCGCGCAGGUCGAGCGGCUACGCGGACUCGGCUUCGACGAGGCUCGCUCGUGGGACAUGGAAACCGUGUGGCGCUCAUUCCCGGAGGAGGACCGCGUGCGAGUCGAGUCGUUGGAGAUGCUGGACGAGCGUGAGCUGCUGCAGCAACUCAAUACGCACUACGCCCUGACGGUAGCCACGCGCGGCGACCUCUUCGCGGACCUUGACCUCAAUUCUUAGGCAAUUCGUGGGUGUGAUGAGGCUGGUAUGAUUUCUCUCUUAGUAUAACAAAUUUGAAUUUGUUUCAUAAGAUUUCUUUUCCAGUUUCUUAUGCAGACAGAACUAUUUAUAUUUUGCAUUGUAAACAAACCUAUCAUUGAUUAUUUUUCAUGUAAUAAUGAAUGUUUUGUGAUAAUUCUAAAAUUCUAUAAAAGCAAAGUUGCUGCACACAAGCAAGCACGGCUGCAACUGUCCCACUGCUGGUCUAUGCCACUUCUUCCUUUGAGGAGAAGAUUCGUUUUCAGAGCUUAUUCCAUCGCACUGCUCCAAUGUGUGUUGGUGGAUACAAAUGUGGUACAAUUUAAUUGAAAUUUCACACAUGCAGUGGCCUUACGAUGUUUCCCGUCAUGGCUGAGCAUGAGAUGAAUUAUAAACAGAUAUGAGUGAGAGAUGGCAGUUCAGUGGUAGUGGAUUUGAACAAGCAAUCAUCUGGCGAGAUUCACAUUUCCUAACCACUGGGCCAAUAGCAACAAGAGACGUUUAAAAACAUUGAAACGUCCCUAAUUUGUGGUAAUAUGUUUUUGUCAUAAAAGUUUCUUAAAACUACCUUGUACCACAAAAACAUGAGAUGAGAUGAGAGCUGUUGCAACAGAAGUUGGAUUUAUUAUAUUAUGUUACAAAUAAACAACUUCGGAAUAGCUCCAUUUCCGUUUUUAUUUCAAGACUCUUGAGGACUAUAGUAUUUCAUGUGUUUAAUUGCAUAUUAUCCUGUAAAGGCUCAAAAUAAAAUUUAGCCUGAUUUGAUCAGACUUGAAUUUACUGAAAUGCAUAUUGUAUGUGUAUGAACACAAAAUUCUUAAACAGAAUGAAUUCCAUCACUCUGUUUAUUAAUUUCCUUCACUUGUAAGAUAUAUUACAAAUUCUUUAAAUUUAUGUCAAUGAUUAGUUUGAUUGCCCAAAAUUAAAAUUGGCUCAUCAUCACUUAUAUAAGAGUUAAGUUCUUACUUAUAACAAAAUCAAUUUUACAGAUGUUUUUAAAAAAUAUUUUUAAAUAGUUAAUUCUGUGAUUAAUUUUUUGUUUAAGUUUUUGUUAAAUUUGAUCUUAAAAUAAUAUGUAACCAAGUGUAUAAUUUUUUGUUAUUACGAAAAGUAUUUAGUAGUAGCAAGUUGCUAAAACUAAUUCAUAAUGAUGUAAGCCCUCAUUUACAUUCUACACAUAAUUGGUAAUAAUAGUGCUGUUUUAAAUGUGUGUCUAUUGUAAUAUUUGCAUCAUGCAACAGCGAAGAAAGCUUCCUGUACUGCCGACUCUAAUAGAGCUCUACCUAUUGGCGGAAAGAUUAGCACAGAUAUCAUUCUGAGCAUGUUGUAUGAAGCAUGUUCUCGCAUAAAAUAGUCGUGUAAAUUUUUUAAAUGUGUAAGAGAUGUCCUCUUAAGUAGUGUUCUCAAAGGUCCAUCUUUAUAUUUACUCACUUUUAUUGAUACCACUAAGUGUUAAAUAUUUAUGAAUACAUUAAUGCCAUACAUUAAAA